AUCCAUCAGAACCCCAUUUAAACUCCUUAUGUACAUCUGAAUUUUCCUAGUUAAUAUCUCUUCUUUGGAGUGGGUUUCGUUCCUCACAGAGUCUUUAAGGAUCCUUUGUGGCAUGAGGACGGUGGUUAUACAGAUCCCGCAGCUCCUGGAGUCCCGGUCGGGCCCGGGCCGGGGGCCAGGGCGGCCCUGGGGCAGGAUGUUCCCCCCGCGGGGCUGCAGGAACGGCUUCCCCAGGGAGCCCGGUCCCCCUCCGUGGUGGGAUGGGCCACAGCCAGGUCCCCCUCCCGGUCCCGAGGACACCUGGGAUGAGCCACCCUGGGAUGAGCCACCCUGGGAUGAGCCACCCUGGGAGCACCAGCACAGGAGACGCCGGCACAGGAGGCGCCCGCCCAGGGGCUCCAGACCCUUCCCUGGCUCCGGUGAUGCCCCGUGGAAGGAGGAGGAGAGAUGGGCACCCCAUUACUGCCCCCCACCUCCCCCCUGGGGUGACAGAGAAGAAUUCCAAGGGCCUGAGGAUGGCUUUGGAGACAGCUGGCACCUGGACGUGCUGCCUGAUUCCUGGCCCGGAUUCCCCGAGGAGGAGCAGCCCCCACCCUGGCCCCCCGCCGGCCCUCCACGGAAUCCAGGAGCUUUCCCUGAACACCGCCCGCCCUGGAGCCAUCACCCGGCUGGGAGACGCCGCCUCCGCAGGAGCCACCACCGGCAGCUGACCGUGGUCCCCCGGGCGUGGUGUCCCCCAGCCCCCCGAGGGCACAAGCAGCACUCCAAGCCCUCUCCUGCCCUCUCCAACACGAGCCAGCCAGUGGCCAGGAAGGAGCUGCAGCCCCCGGAUCCUGCCCAGCGCCCUGCUGCCCUCCAAGGUGCUGCGGAGACGCCGGAACAGCCGCAGGAUGUGCCAGUGGGGACUGGGAAUGUCCUGGAGCCCCCCAGUCCGGCUGGGAGCCCUCUGGAGAGCCCGGCUGCCGAUGCCGGUGCUGCGGAGCCACCGGUUGAGCUGGAAGCUGGGCAGACCCCUGUGGGCGACCAGGAUCAUGAUCCCUGUGCUUUGGGGACAGAUCCAACCCCUCCAGAGGAGACCUCCAGCUAUCCCAAGAUCCAGGAGCACCUUGAGGUAGAGCCGUGCAGUCCAGGUGUCCCCAAGGCUGGCACCACUCAUGGGUCACCUCCCCAGAGCCCAGCAGCCCCUCCACACCCUGCCAGGAGGGAACUCCUGGAAUCCAGCUCCUCUGGAGAGGCAGGGGCUGAGCUCAGCCCACGUUCCUGGGAGCAGCCGCCACGUGGAGCUGGAGAAGCCGAGGCAGAAGCUGCCCAGGAUGGGCCUCUGCAGAGCCUUCAGCCGCCCAAAAACCCUCAGGUCCCUCCAGCAUCUGCAGCAGAACCCGAGGUCCAGCCCAACCAGGCUUCUCCUGGUGCCUGCACCACACCAAAGACCUCUGCAGGGCCCCAGCACCCGCCUGGGUCUGGUGAGACAAAGCCGGCUGUGUCUGGCCAGCAGCAGCUCUGCUCCACGCUCCCCACACCAUUCCCGGCAGGCGUCGACUUACGCUCUGCCACCGUCCUCGCCAAGAAGGCAGAGAUCGAGCAGUCGUACCAGCAGUUCAGCCUGACCAUCGCCGUGGUGGCCACGAUGCUGCUGCAGAAGGAGCCGUCGAUGGAGGCGGCGCUGGGGCUGGCGCUCAGGGCCAACCUCCGCCAGUGCCGCCUCUACCACCUGCAGCAGCUGGAGGAGUUCAUCGACACCAUCGACUCGGCCACCGCCAGCCUCUGAUGGCAGCCACCCCCUCCUGCCAGCUGGGUGAGGGUGAUGGGGGCUGUGACAGGGCUGUGACAGCGCUUUGGGGUGCUCAGGAGGGGGCUGAGCCUGCGGGGCAAGCUGGGAGGUGUUGGCAGCCCCACUCGACCUCUUGGAAGAGGGAGGGCGAGCAGGAUAUGUUUGGUUUUAGCCCUGCCCAGACUUCUGAGGGCAGCAAAAGUUUUACUGGGGGGUGAUGGGAGGGAGGGCAGCAGUGCCUCUCCUCCAUUCCUGCUUGCCAGGGAUGUGUCCCCAAACCCCAGUGAGUGCUUUUGGGUUUAAAUCUGAAA